GAGGCCUGGAUAUGAGAAGAGAGAAGUAAUAAUGGGUGAUGCGCUGAUGGUGGAAAGGGAAGAUGGUGGAGCGAGUGAGCACACACAAAAAACAAGCAAGCUUUUGUUCAAACUUUGCAUGAAAGCUGAGUGGGAAGAAGUGGUGAGAACGUUCGAGAAGGACAAGAAGGCUCACACGGCCAAAAUAACUAAGACAGGUGACAGUGUUUUGCAUGUCGCCGUCACCGACGGCCAAUCUGACGUCGUGGGAAAACUGGUGAAGCUUAUUUGCUCCGAGACGGAAGAAGGCAAGCGUAAAGAGGCACUGGGAAUUCAGAACAAAAGAAAAAACACGGCCUUGCAUUUCGCGGCUUCAAUGGGGAGCGUGGAGAUGUGCAAGUACAUUGCUUCCGCUGAUGCUUCGUUGCUGAGUAUGCGCAACGUUGAUGGCGAGACCCCUCUCUUUCUGGCUGCUCUCAAUGGCAGAAAAGAAGUUUUCCUUUUCCUUCACUAUUUCUCUAACAACAACCACCACCCAGAGCCUCUUGACUACAGCAACUGUAGAAGAACUGAUAGUGACUCAAUUCUUCAUUCGGCCAUUGCCGGAGAUUAUUUUGAUUUGGCAUUCCAAAUAAUUCAUUUAUACGGAGAUCUUGUGAAUUCAGUGAACCAGAGUGGGUUAACUCCUCUUCAUCUCCUGGCAAAUAAGCCUUCUGUUUUCAGGAGUGGUGGCCACUUGGGACGGUUUGAACGAAUUGUUUAUGAUGCUAUAAUGGUGAAGAAGCUCGAAGUAUCAACCAAUAAUAGUCAGGAGCAACGUCCAACAACCGACACAGAAAAAAUCAGUUAUCCGGAAAAUUACGAGAUAUGUGUGGGGCUUUGGAGCAUGGCAAAAAAAUUCGCCUUAAUGGUGACCGAGCCGUUGAGACAAUUUGGAAACGAAAGAGACCUCGAAGCAUCGAAAAAUAUUGCUACAGAUGAUGGAGCGGAAACAAAAUCUGCAGGAUCUGAAAGCAGCACCUUGCCACACCACUUAUUUCCUCUGAAUUACCAAAGCUGUGUAGAUUUAUUCAAAUUCGUAUUUAUGAUGCUGUCGGUUAUCUUUGGAACAGGGUCAGCGAACAUAAAUAAGAUACGUCGGAAGAAGGAAAAGCACGAGUGGUCAGUUCAAAUAAUGGAUGAACUUCUGAAGCGAGCUUCCAUGUAUGAGUACGAUGACGAUGACAGCGUACCCGUGAAUAUAUUGCAGAAUAAAGAUCAACGCACAGACCCUUAUACUUUUGAUGAAGGGGGUAAUGUUACUUUGGCUGGUACCACAGAAGUGGAACAACAUCUCACCACCAAAGGAGAACCCAAACAACAAAACAAUGGGGAGGAGAAGGUUAACGUCAAAGAAAAGAAGACGUGUGAGACACCAAUAUUAAUAGCUGCAAAGAACGGAGUGACAGAAAUGGUAGAGAAAAUCAUGGAGUCGUUUCCUGUAGCUGUUCAUGAUAUGGAUGCGAAUAAGAAAAAUAUAGUGUUAUUGGCAGUGGAGAACAGGCAAACCUACUUAUAUGACUUAUUGCUCAAGAAGAAAAGUCAGAAGGAGAGUAUAUUCGAUAAAGUGGAUAACGAAGGAAACAGUGCUUUGCACUUGGCAGCCAAGCUUGGAGAGUAUAAACCCUGGCUCAUUCCUGGCGAAGCGCUGCAAAUGCAUUGGGAAAUCAAGUGGUACCUGUUUGUUAAGGAAUCGAUGCGACCUCAUUUCUUUAGUCGGUACAACGAUAAAAACAAGACACCAAGAGAUAUCUUCAGCGAGACUCACAGGGAGCUUCUCAAGAGUGGUGGAGAAUGGCUGAAAAAAACCUCUGAAUCUUGCUCCUUGGUAGCAGCGCUGAUAGCUACAGUGGCAUUUUCCACAUCCACCACUGUCCCCGGUGACUUCAAAGACGACACCGGCUCCCCAACUCUUGAAAACAGGCCAGAAUUUAAAGCCUUUGCCAUCGCAUCUCUCAUUGCUCUUUGCUGUUCUGUUACCUCACUGGUGAUGUUCCUCUCUAUACUCACAUCUCGGUAUCAAGAGCGUGAUUUCGGUAAAAAUCUUCCCAGGAAGCUUAUCGUGGGUUUGACAUCGUUGUUCAUGUCCAUUACGUCUAUGAUGGUCUGUUUCUGUGCUGGUCACUUCUUUAUCCUAAAGGACAAACUCAAAUCAGUUGCAUUCCCUGUCUAUGCCGUGACGUGCCUGCCAGUGACACUUUUUGCCUUGGCCCAGUUUCCACUCUACAUCGAUCUCAUAUUGGCUACUUUUAAGAAAGUACCACAGCGUGGAUUCAAAACCACUCUACAUUAGCUGUACGGCCAGAUUAUUGCAGAGCUAAAAUAAUGCUGCAUGUAAUCUAAUUUUCCAUAUAUGGAACUUGAGAUUGACCUUCCAUUUACAGACUACACAAAAGAAAUGGAUAUUUCGGUGUUUGUUUACAUAAUGUUAACUGUUUCUUAUCCAAUUUAAUUGAGAUUUUUCGGUAUUUAUUCUGCUAAAGAU